AACCCAUUAUUUUGGAUGUCCAUAUAUUCCUUUUGGCAGGGAAAAAAUUGGUCAAAAUUUCAUUUUCGGAUUUUGAAGAGAGGUUUUAUUAAGUAAAUUAAACAUUUAAAUUAAUUAUUCAACUUCAAUAUCUCCCUAAUUAGAAAUGUCCUUUUUUCCUUUUGUAAUUUUAAUUUGGACUCCUAUUCUAUAUUAUCAUAUGAACCCUAAUCUUGCUCCAUUUUGAUUUUACGGAUUUAAUUUUAUAAAAAUUAUCAUAAAAUCUUGAUUUAUAAUUUGAUUUUACAGAAUCAAGUUCAAGAAUUAUAAUUCAAGGUUUUUGAAAAUUUAAUUUGAUUAUUGAUGGCUGCUUUAUUUUGAUUUUUAUUCUUUUGUACUCUUGAUUUCUUCAUUUGGCACCCCAAUUAAAAAAAAAAAAGAUUUUAGUAAUACAAUCUAGGUUACAUAAUUUUGUUUUUGAAAUAAGAUGAACAAACUCGAACUACACGUGUCGCAUAUCCAACGGUCGAUACUAUUACAAAUAGUUCGACCUUCAACAUAAUCUUUGGUCUAAUAUAUAAUUCCCAUAUCCUCUGAAGUUUGAACAAACUUUGUGCUUCUUUUUUGUUUCUAGCUUGAAUAUGGUCUGCUUUUGUUUCCUGGUGGAUCAAAGGCGGAAGCUGACGAACACGAAGCCAGCCGCCGGGAUGUGUUCGCGGUGUGGCGGAGGAGCAAGCGUCGGCGACAUGAAGACGAUCACCCGAUUUUGUUAUGUUCCAUUGUAUUGGAAAUCUUGGAGGGCUAUAGUUUGCACAUUUUGUGGUGCUAUUCUUAAAUCUUAUAGAUGAAGUAAAAUUGAAAUAAGUUGCAGUGAGGAGCAAUUUUCUUUAAAGAACGUAAGCAGGUAGACAGCAUCUUAAGCAAUUUAAGGAAGAAGGUUGACAUGUCGUAUAAGCAAAACAUGAGAGGAAAAGAACGUCAGCCACGUGGCAUCUUUGCUUGACAGUUCAUGUUCCAUUUUCUUCAUUUCAUUCUUCUUCUCCACACCCCAAAAUAAUACUACUCUUAUCUGUAUGAUAAUAACUUUUUUUUUUUUUUUCUUUAGUUUCAAGUGGGGAAAGUGUAAAAUUCAAUUAUUUUCAUUUUCUAAGUAUUUUUGAAAAUUUCCUUGUCUUGUUGAGUAGGUUAG